AGAUGGUUCUGCUCACACCAUGAAACAAAGUUACCCACCACAGCCCUGUACUCCGUCAGUAUAAUGAAGCUGCUGUAAAGAGAAUAUACUGUGUUUUUUUUUUCAAACUUUCACGUGUCUCACGUGCAGUUUUUGGAGAUAAAGUCAAAAUAUUUUUUUCAAAUGAUUUAAAUAUGUAAAAUUACAAAAAACGUCCAUCUUUGGCUGCAGUGAGCAGAGGGGAAUGAGCUGUAGUUCGCGUUCCGGCCGGUGAGUGGCAGCAGAGUGUCGUGGCGCGUUCACACCACCGGAAGUGGUAGAAGAAGAAGGAAAUCCCAAACAAACCUUCCACAUGUGGCUCUGUGGACAAACUACAGCUAAAAUUUAAAACUACAAGAUAAAACAGUUGUUUUAAGUGAAAAUGGACGACGAAGAUACGCCGCUGCCGUACCUCCACGUUGCUGCACAUGUCUGUGAUCUCUGUGUGUUCAGGCCGGGUUCAGGGAGCCCUGCGCUCAGUGCUCAGCGGUGGACUGGGGCGUUUCAGACGAGGGGCGUUUCUACUGCAGAUCCUGCCACAUCGUCAUCGAGAGAACCAAAGAGGUGGUGGACCCGUCCUACGCUCCCGGCUCCUCCAGGAUCUCCACCAUCGGCAGAGGAACCAAGACCAAGAAGCCGGAGCGUGGUCGUCGGUGGAUGAUCUGCGAGGGUUUCCAGUUCAUCCUGAGAAACCAGGCCAACGCUCUGCUCAGACUGGGAGUCAAUCCGCACUUCAAGGACGAGGUGCUGUGUCAGCUGUGGAGGCUCUACCUGCAGAAGAGUCGACAGGCCUACACCCACAACCCCGUGACCACCGCCACGUUCAAAGUGCGAGGUCCGGACUCGGACAGCGCAGCUGAGUCGUCCGUCGUGUCGGCCGGUGAGACGGACGCAGAGGCGAACCUGUCCAGCGCCGCCGGGUCCAACGCAGAGAGCUCCAGUGAUUGGUCGCUGUGUUCGGGCUCCGUGGACGCCGCCAGCUACCUGUCGCCUCGGCUGAGGCGGACCCGCAGUCUGAUGACCAUGAUGAAGACUCUGGCUCUGAUCCACCUCGCUCUGAUCUGGAUCCGCGAGCCGCUGACGCUCAGCGACCUGCUCAGGUUGGUGAAUGAAGGUCACGUCCCGUACGUGAACGCUUACGAAGAGCUUCCUGACGAGAUGAAGCUCGAGGGCAAAGAUUCUCUCAUCUUCAGAGUCGAGAGUGUCCCGUCUCACCGGGUGGUGCAUCAGGAGGCUCAGACUCUGGUUCAGUUCCUGCAGCUUCCUGCUUUUCCUCCAAUCAGCCAGCAGAGUCUGCUGCACCCGGCUCUGCUCAGCAUGCGCUACCUGACCGACGCCAACCUGCCCGAUGAGCUCCACCUGUGGGUCUGCAGGCUGAUGAAGCGCGCCGGUAUGGCGGAUCAAACAUUCAACACAUUCGACGCCUCGUCUCACCCCGUGCUGCCGCGGUACGACAUCCAGGCCGCCGCCCUCAUCAUCAUCACCAUGAAGCUCAUCUUCGGCCUGGACGACCACACUGAAUGGGAUUUAUCCAACGAAGCGAGUGACCGUGACCGCACAGGAAACAUGUUUAACCUGAGGAGGUGGUACCGGCUGCUGCAGGCCGCUCUGAUCCGAGCGCGGCAGAGGAGACGCCGCGACGUCGCCAGGAAACAGUGGAUGGCCACGAAACCUCUUUACCCAAACAGGAAGGACAAAAGUGUCGUGAUGAAGAAGAAAAGAGUAGCAGAGCAGGUGCAGGUCUGUUUUGAGAAGCUGUCCUCUCGUCCGGCGGGCGUCGAGCGCGGCGAUCCUUCCAGCUUCUGGUUCUGCUGGGGGGACGAGGACGGAGCCGACGGUCCCAGUCUGCACCAGAAGAAGCUGGACGGAGUCUUGACCCUGAAACACAACGUCCUGACUCCCUCUAACGCCGCGUACUGGCACCCGGCACUCAGACCCUGCAACCCCCGGAAGUGCCGGAGUCAUUACUCGGAGGUGGAGCCGACGCUGCCUCGGACGUUCGUCUGGCUGCUGCAGCUCUUCUCCUUCCUGCUGGACGUGAAGCCGGCGUACCUGUACGAGGAGGUGCUGAGGGUGGAGAGGCGAGUGGUCGGCAGCAAAACGCCCAGGACGACGGCGACGACCGGACCUCAGACCAGGACCGCCGCUCGGACCAGGACCAGGACUGAGACCAGGACCGGAGCUCGGACCAGGACCAGAGCUCAGACCAGGACCAGGACCAGAGCUCAGACCAGGACGCCACAGAGAGGACGAGAAACUGGAGAAACAUGAGAAACCUUCAGUUUGUUCGUUGGAGCUCAGCGUUUCCUUCGGUGCGUUCAGGGACGCUCCGACAUCAGAGGACUGGCGGGUUCGUCAGAAAACCCAGAAAAACCCGGAGCCUUAAAGACACGUGACGUGAAAAAUCCGUUUCCCGGCUUGUGAUGCUGUGUUUCGUCUCUUGUUGCGAGCUAAAUGUGUCGUUUUUGAGUAUUUUUUUACAUCAGAAUCCGUCUUUUCUCUUCCUGUAAAAACAGUUUCGACGACUCAUCGUGACCUCAGCGGCGGUUAACGUCUCCCAUCGGAUGCCGACCCGCCCGCCGUAUACAACCACACCUGACCGUUAGCGAGCGGUUAGCUAGCAGGUUGGAUUUCAGCUCGUCACGUGACGGAAGCUGAAGCCUGUCCCGCUCUCUGAUUGGCUGCUGUCGCUCCACGUUGAAGCAGCAUCGGCUCAGGUGUGUUUUACCUGCGGCGUGAUGCUCAGUGUCUUUAAUAAAUCCAAACGUCUGAAACUGAAUCUGGAAACGAUCAGCUGAUUGUCAGGAAGAUGAUUUUUGUCGUUUGAAUCGUUUUCUCUCUUUUCUGUUCGGUUUUCUGAAUAUCUUCGGACUGUUGGACAGAAUCUUUUUCAACACGUCGAAAUGGGUUUUUGGAAGUUGUGAUUGACGUUUAAUCGAUAAUAACUGUCCGCCGCAGUCCUCCACCGACACGUGAGUCGGCUGCCGAACGAGUCUCUGGAUUUGUUCUUUGAUCAGAAGCUUCAGACAGAGUUGUUGUUGUACGGCUUUACCUGUAAAUAAAUAAUACAACUGUACGCACGUGUGACAACUUAUUAUGUUAUUAAUAUGCUGAUGUCCCUCAAAGGCAGGUAACAAAGAACUCCACACACCUGCUGCUGCACCUGAACGCCUCAUUAAAGGACAUGAAUAAAUAAA